AUUUUAGAAUGAGUUAAAAAUAAAUUACUACGUAAUUUAAUCGUUUAUUGUAUAAGUUUGAACAAAUAUUCAAUUUCGACCUUUAUUCGUUAACGUAUAAAUAUGUUUUCUAAUAUUUAUCUACUUAUAUUUUUAAAAAGAUAACAGAGGACACUACUCUACUUAAAAUGGCUGGAAGAAAAAGGGUGCUAGAUUUACUUCAAUAUGUUGCUUCAAAUUCUUGUAAAUGUCCCGCUCACUCUAAUCAUGGAUAUAUUCAACUCAGUUCUAAUGCAGUACCGUCUAAAGAUUACGCGUUUGAAAUGGCGUCGUCCACUAUCAGAUAUGGAAAGGGUGUUACUAGAGAAGUUGGGAUGGAUGUUGCAAAUAUGGGAGCAAAAAAUGUUUGCGUUGUGACAGAUCCGUAUCUGUCAAACUUAUAUCCCGUGAAAACCACUCUAGAUUCUCUUACUAAAAAUAAUGUUCCUUUUGACAUUUAUAACAAAACUAGGGUAGAACCUACUGAUAAAAGUAUGACGGAUGCUAUAAAUUUUGUUAGAGGAAAAAAUUUUGGUGCUUUCAUAGCAGUUGGGGGAGGUUCUACAAUAGACACGUGUAAAGUAGCUAAUCUAUAUUCUUGUGACUUGGAAGCUGAAUUAUUAGAUUAUGUGAAUGCUCCCAUUGGAAAAGGAAAGCCUAUAAAUAGGCAACUAAAACCACUUAUAGCAAUUCCUACUACUGCUGGUACUGGAAGUGAGACAACAGGUGUAGCAAUUUUUGAUUAUAAACCUCUUCAAGCAAAAACUGGUAUUUCACAUAGAUUAUUGAGGCCAACAAUAGGUAUAAUAGAUCCUUUACAUACAUUAACUUCACCAGAAAGAGUCACAGCUUAUGCAGGAUUUGAUGUAUUUUGCCAUGCUUUAGAAUCUUUCACGGCUAUACCUUACAAUGAAAGAUCUCCUUGUCCUCAAAACCCAAAAGAAAGACCUACUUAUAAUGGAAGUAAUCCAGUGUCUGAUGUUUGGGCUAGAUUCGCCUUAAAAAUUAUUCGAAAAUUCUUUGAAAGGGCAGUGUAUCAACAAGAUGAUUUAGAAGCAAAGUCUCAAAUGAUUUUAGCUUCUACAAUGGCUGGUGUAGGUUUUGGGAAUGCAGGAGUGCAUUUACCUCACGGUUUGUCUUACCCAAUAUCAGGAAAUGUUAAAAAAUUCAUACCUAAGGAUUACGAUAACAAUCAUGCAAUAAUUCCCCAUGGAUUAUCCGUAGUGAUUACUGCUCCUGCAGUCUUUGAAUUUACAUCUUCUGCUUGUCCAGAAAAACACCUGGAAGCUGCAGAAAUACUUGGUACUGACAUUAGAAAUGCGAAAAAACAAGAUGCCGGAGCAAUAUUGUCGGAUACCGUGAAAAAAUAUAUGCAAACCAUGAAAAUUGAGAACGGUUUACAUGAAUUAGGAUUUAUUAAAGAGGAUAUACCACAAUUAGUAAAAGGUGUUAUUCCACAGAAACGAAUAAUCAAUAUGGCACCAAAAGAACACACAGAAGAAGAUUUAACAAACUUACUUGAAAAAUCUAUGAGUGUAUAUUAAACAAAAUAAGAAAAAAUGUUGAUAUGUAAUAAAAA